UAACAAUGAUAACGUUAUAUUAAAAAAACGUUAUCCGACAAAAGAGUUAUUUCGUAAAAAUUAUUUAUACAUUCGAUCACGCAAAUAUUCAACUAUGAAUGUCGAAAAAUAAAUAGUGUCAUCAAUCAAGCGUUGAAGGACAACUGGGUCAUAUUCAACUGACCAUGAGUUUAUCAGCCUCUCGAUGUGUGCUUCAAACAAUAUUGUUAUCUGGAAAACCUGUGUACUCAGCAUCCAUGAAUGCUAUUACUUUUAUGACACUUCAGUGCCAUAAAGUUCAGUUGAAAUGUUCAUCAACAAAUUUUACUAUUGUGUCAAGAAAAAUACCAAUAGUUUUUAAUGUUAAACGUCAUGUGAAUGUUACAUCUGUAUUGAAAAUGUCCAAAAAUUAUUAUGACAUUUUGGGUGUUUCAAGGAAUGCCAGUCAAAAACAAAUUAAAGAUGCCUAUUUUAAAUUAGCAAUGAAAUACCAUCCAGAUAAAAAUCAAGGAGUCCUUACACAGAAAUUUAGGGAUAUCAAGGAAGCAUAUGAUGUAUUAAGCAAUGAUUCUAAUCGAAUGAAAUACAAUAAUUCAUCUAAUAAUUAUACUAAUACAAAGAAUACAUCUCAAAAUUGGUCAACAAAUUCUUCCAAUGAUCACUUUAAGUCUUACGAGGAGUAUAAAUGGACCAAUAGCAGAACUGAAUAUCAACGUGCACAAAGAAAUCAUGCUUAUGAUUAUAGUUACCUUAGACCAUUUAAUGUGUUUAUAAAUGUCAUAAAAGUGCCCAAAAAUGUCGUGAAAACACAAAUUGAUAUUAUAUUAUUGACUUUUAUUAAAAAUCAUACAUUAAAAAUGAUUUUGUAUCAACUAUUUCAAAUUAUUUGGAAUCAAAUAUUAAAAAGUAUUAACUUUAAUGUAUUGAUAUCAUCAACAUCACCAAACAGUUCUGUUGAUGAAUUUGUUAGAAGUGUUCUUGGAAACAAGACAAUUAGAAUUGAAUUAACAGAAAUGGAUGCAAUAAAAGGAAAAUCGGUUAGAGUACAUGUAAAUGAAAACGAAAAAGUGUUGAUAGUUAAUAUACCUAGAGGAGUUAAAAAAAAUCAAUCAUUUUAUUUAUUUUACCUUAUUGAUGACAAUGAUGAUAGACACAGUAAUACAUUUAAAUAAGAAAUGUUUGUUUUUGUUUCCUAUUUUAUUAAUUUUGCAAAAUAUAUAUAUUUUUAUUUUUACGGAGAAAAUGUCUUGAUCAAUAUUUUUCAGUGUUUAAAAAUCAUAGCA